UCUAAAGCUGCUUUCUUUCUUCUUCGUCUUCUUCUUCUUUUUUCUUUUUCAGCCUGCUGUAGAAAUGGUGAAAGAAGAGAGCUACUUCUUUAGUUGGUCACCGGUAGGAGCUCCAUUGAAUGUACAAAGAGAAGAAGAACAGUGGAGACAUUUUGAUAACUCAGUCAAUGCCGUGUCUUUUGGCUUUGUUGCUACCGCCAUUCUCAUCUCUAUGUUCUUAGUAAUGGCCAUCUUCGAACGCUUUCAUAGACCCAACUCGUUUUCUUCUUCUUCCCCUGGUGACCCUAACCAUGGUGGUGACAUUGAAUCUCAGCUUGGUUUCAAUGGAAAACUCAGCCACCCAUCACCAAAAAUGACAGUAUACACCAGCGGAGUGUCGGUUUUAAUGCCAGGGGACGAGAUUCCUACUUUCAUCGCUCACCCGACUCCUGUUCCCUGUCCCCCCGAACCCCGUUCGUAGCCUCGACGUCAACACAAACAAUCCCAUUAACUCGAGAAACUGCUUCCUACAUGUAACACCGAACAAUGAUCGUGAUUAUACUCUCCGGCAAGAGGUUUUCUAUGAACAAAGCAAAGAAUGUCUACUCGGAUCAGAGUUGCCCUUAUUAUUUUCCUUCUAGGCCAUAGAAUCUAUAUAUAGAGUUUUCGGUGGACUGCCCUGGCUUUG